UGAACGAUGAGCAUUUAUGAACUAUGAACCAAAAGUUUAUAUUUUUCCCCCCCUGUUUUAUCCUAAAAUUUCGCUCCAACAAAAACUGUCUUUGACAGUUGCGUAUUUUAACUAUUGGUAAUUUAACUGGUAAUUGUGUUAAUUCUUAUACAGUUUUAUAUAGGCUAACAUUUUAUUGUAUUGUACAUUUAUAAUUGUUAAACAUACUGUGGACUAUUUAUUAACAAGUUAAUAAAUGUCAAUUCAAAGGGUCGGAUGCUUUUUCAUAUCUUGCCUAAUUACAUCAAUAGAUAAUCUGUGAAAAAAUAAUGAUCUUCUUUUAUUUCACAAGUUUCCGUUUUGAAAGGAAGAACAUAAAUGAGAUCCUAAGAAAUAAUAAUUGAUAAAGAAGAAUAGUUUGCAUUUAUUGCAUUCAAACCAUCCGAAGUGCACAGAUUGAAUUUUAGAUGAUCAAAAAAGAAAGUCGAGCACAAAACUAACAUGUAGCCCAUUAAAAUUAAAGGUAAGUGUCGAUAAAUAAUAAUGGUUUCAACUGCCUCAAAUUGUACAUUUUUACAAUUACACUCGUGCAUUUGAACCAGUAUUGGCAAUAUUUCCUACUGAAAAUUUGUAAAUGUAUGUUUGUUUGAAUGUCCAGGCAAGUUCAAAUAGAGAAAGGUUCACACGGAUGCGUUCAGUUGAGCAACAGGCAUUUGUCCAAAUUUGGGCGAAAUUUUAAGGAAUUAAGGCUCAUUGUUGUAACACCUAUUUGCUCCUUAUUACAAUACAAUACAAUGUUGUUAAAAAUUACUUCACUUUUCUUUGGUACUGAAAUGGCAAAGAUUGGGCAACUUCAUCCCCCUUUAAACAAAGAGUGAGAAAGUCUAAAGAGUCAUUGGGUAACUAUGCAUUGUUUGAUUAAUUGGGCAUGUGAUGUACUUAUUGUUGAGAUUUUUCUGAAAGUAGCCAUGGGUUUGUAAUCCUCAAAGCCCCCCCCCCCCCCCCCCCCCAGGGGGAUAAAACUUGCAGGUUCCUGGCCUUCUAGAAGCCCACCACAUCUCCUGCUCAGAAUGUUUCCCCUAGAGUUGCUCAGCUUGUUUUUUAUAGCUGUGAUCACAGACUAUGAAGAAAAAAAGAAGAAGCAAGUUAUUCAAUACGACACCUCCAUGUUUAAAAGAGGAGAUUUGCUUGAGGUCCCUCGAACCCUCUUCACACAUUUUGGAAUCUAUCUGGGGAACAACCGUGUGGCUCACUUCAUCCCUGAUAUCUUGCCGGUCUUUACCACGGACAAGAAGGCCCUUGAGAAAAUGGUGACUAACAACCGUCUGAUUUUGGGUGUGAUAACAAAACAAGCAACUGUCCGAGUAGACUCAGUGGAGGACUUUGCAUAUGGAGCAGAUAUUCUGGUCAACCAUAUGGACAAGGUGUGCAGUCGGCCACCGUUCGAUGGUGAGGAAGUAGCUAGGCGAGCUGAGAAGCUCUUGGGCUAUGUGACUUACAGUCUGCUGUGGUACAACUGUGAACAUUACGUGAUGUACUGCAGAUAUGGCACCAGCAUGAGCUUUCAGACCUACCAGCCUAAAGGCAGAUGAUGAUAUUCCAGCAGCAUGCAUGACAAACCAAACCAUUCAAACAUUUAGCAAAAAAGUGCUGAAAGCAUGUUUUUGCCACAAAAAUCUAAAACAUAAACUCAUCUAAGGACAAAUGUUAUAUUUAUUGUUUACCACAAAAUACACCAGCCAAAUGAUCUGUUUUCCAUUAAAUCAAAAUCAGCCAUGGGAAUCAUGACAUCUGUGGUGGUAGUUUGAGAAAUUGUGUCUUUAUAAAUAAUUUGGGAAAUUCCAGCAAUGUAGUACCAAAGAAGCACAUUGCCACCACCUAGUGAUCAGAUAGACUUCAAUUCUCGAGAACUGAGCUGUACUUUAAGGAAUAGUUCACCAAAAAAUGAAACUUCUCUCAUCAUUUACUCACCCUCAUGCCAUUCCAUGCCAUUCCAUCUUUCUUCUGUAAAACACAAAAUAAGAGAAUAUCUCAGCUACGUAUGGAGGUCCAUACAAUGCAAGAGAGUGGUGACCAGAACUUAUGUACUGUAGAUCAUUUCAAGGGUGUAAACAAUAACAAAUUAAUUUAAUUAGAAAGCUACUGAUCCUGAAGCAUUUACGAUAUCAUUACCGGAUCCUUAGAUAAGGCUUUGAGUUAACAUAUUUUCUCAAAGAACAUCAAAUAUUUAUCUGAAGGGACUUAUCCAGACAUGUUGUUGAUACUGAGCAUCCACACGAGGGAGGUGAUGAAAGUGUAUCGUAGUUUAAUGCUCACAAUUAUUUCCUCACCAGAAAGGUACUGUAGGGAAUAUUAAAUCGCUACUAUCAUAAUCAGUGAAGCUGUCUGCA